UCCACUGUUACCAUGGUGGCUCUGUCAUGGAUGGAACCCCUGUUAAUUUCAAACAGAAUUUUGGAUCCAAAAUGGCCAUACAAGAAUGCCAGUUUCACUGAUCUCUAAUUACGUUGCUAUGGGAGGGGAUGCUGUUUUGAUGCUACUGCGACCCCUGUCUGUCACACACGGUUUGUCUCUUGGAGGAGAGAAUCGGAGAGUAGGGAUUAGGAUGAUGGUGAUAAUGAAUAUGCUGUUAUCGCCGUACUUCAGAGACAUGUCAGUGAUGCACGGAUGAAACGAUGCAACGUGGGAAAGAAACAUUUUAAAUCGUUAUUAUUGUGUUGGCUAUUUCCACAAUUUAUUCUAAAUGGCGACCGAAUGCACAGAACAAGCCGUCCUGGAGUUCCUAACGGAGAGAGGAGGGUUGGUCAGACAUAUGGACCUGAUUGAUCAUUUUGAAUCAGUGUGGAAAAGUGAUGCGUCAAAGAAAACACUGUUCAAUGAAAGGUUGAACCGUCACAUUGACAGCGUUGCUUUCAUAAAACUGGAGGAUGGAGUGAAAUUCGUGUGUUUGAAGGAAAACAGCACAAGCUCCGUGAAGCACACAGACCCUGGCAACGAUGGAGAGUGUAACGGCAACGGAGUGUGUGGUAGGGACCGCCCACUAUCUGAAUCUGGAGAACGGGGUGGGAGCAGCAAUGUCACCCGAGAUGGAAACGGACAUUCUAGUGAUAAAUGUGAUUCACCUGAAAAAGACUCAAAUGCACCCGACGAGCUAUAUUGGCUUGAUAAUGACAUGGAAUCCAACGGUAAUCUUCAUCAUCCAUGCUGCCUAGAGGAAGGUAAAGUUAGUGAUGUUACCUCAGGUGGAGUCACAGAGGUGAAGCUUAGAGAAGUUAGUGAUGAUACCUUCUCAGGUGGAGAGGUGAAGCUAAGAGACAGGAGGAGGAGAGAGUCAGCUCCAGCACUGGGGACAGACUCAAGUGUGUUGGCUGGCCAGGUGCAGGUGAGGGGAAGUAGGAGGACCUCCCGGGGCUCCCAGAGGGCUCUGCUGACCAGCGCUCUGUCAGAGGACGGUGGGUGGGAGGGACUGGAUGGAGACUGGAACACCCCCAAGAGCAGCCGCAGGAACUUCAUAGAGCUGAUGAUGAGCAGCUCCCCACAGGUACGUCGGUCUCUGAUCAACCGCAGCUCUCGUCUCAGAGACUCUGUCAGGAGCGACGGUGACUCCACCUCUCUGCUUUCGUCUGCAGACGGGGACUGUGUCUCAGUGGCCCUGGACCCCCUGGAGCACGAGUGGAUGCUGUGUGCCUCGGACGGCCAGUGGGACAGUCUGUAUCCGCUGCUCAUACUGGACCCCAGCCUGCUGACCAAGAGGGACUUUGUGACGGGCUUCUCCUGCCUCCAUUGGGCUGCCAAGCAGGGCAACGAGGAGCUGUUGACACACCUACUGGAGCAUGCCAAGCAGAACAAUGUCCCUGUGGAUGUUAAUGUACGCUCUAGUGCUGGGUACACUCCCCUUCACCUGGCCGCUAUGCAUGGACACACACAGGUGGUGCAUGUGCUGGUAGACCAGUGGUCUGUAGACCCAGAGGCCAGAGACUACAGUGGGAGGAGAGCUGGCCAGUACCUUCCCCCUGGAGCCUCCUCUACUGCAGCCCUGGAGCCAGGGGGUGGGACCAGCCCUGUAGGAGGAGGAGAAUCAGACACGGAGAACGCAGACAGCGGGGCACAAGGGGGGCGGUGGAGAUUACCCAGAGUUCUCCAGUCCAACCUGAACCCACUGAGGCUGCUGAACGGAUCAGGGGAUGGGGGAGAGGUGGGGGGAGGGGGGGCAGGAAGGAGCAAGGCUGUUCAGAGGAAGUCGUCUCUGAGUCGGAUCAACGCACGGCUCCACCGAGGACGCCAUAAGACCCAGAUCAUCCACAGCACCUCCUUCAGAGGGACGGGGGAGGGAGUGGAGGAGGGAGAAAGGGGGGAGACCAGCCCAACCAGCCCCCUCAAAGGCAGACCAAUUUCCAAUCUGUUUGGAUAAGUCACUGCAGUGUUGGAAUCGCACAUACAUUAACAGAUCAAAGGCGGCCCUAAUAACCAGCCUACUGAUUAUGAUACCAUUAUGACAUGGGAUCUAGUACUAACGGCCCAGUUUCCACCCAACACAUAUUACAUUUAGUCCUGGACUAAAAAACAUGAGCAUGAGCAUGCUUUUCCAUCCAGGUGUAGGUUUAACCUGGGUCUGGGAACUGUAGGCCUACUUUAAACUUUAGAUUUGGCACCGUUUACUAGUCACUGGGAAAUGAAUCCCAGAACUAAAAUAUUGCGUAAUUUGGUCAGAUGCUCGUAGCAUUUAUGUUUAUGUAAUCUGUCCACGAGAGAUUACUGGGAAAUAGAUCUGGGAUCAUUUUGCUGUAAGAAAAAUGUUCUCUCAAUAGAUCUGAAUCCUGUGGGGAUUUAAGGUGCUGCUUACAGUAAUUACCUCUACAUAAUUAUUUUAUAUAUUUAACAUAAUUAUUUAACUUCUAAAAUUAUUAUAAAGACAAGUCAAAAUAACCACUGAACACCUUCAACACAAAUCUCGAUGUAACUGCACUUGUCACUUUGAAGGUUUAACCAGAAUGAAAUAAGUGAGUCUAUAACCUAUGGGUUGUGUAGAUGUUUUACCUGCAGUAAAGUUAGAAAAACUCUGCACAUUUUAAGUUACAUUCGCUAGACUGUGAAUGGUCUAUUCCUGAAAUGGUCAGGAAUAGAAAAAGAAAGGGUCAGAACUCCUAGAAUUGAGAUGGGGGAAAAAGGAGUCCCCAUGUAAAAAGAAAAAAAGUAAUCACUUGGUUUUCUACAGCAGAUCAAAUCCAUAUAGGAAGAACUGUAGCCAAUGAGUAGGACAUACUGUAGAUCUAUGGCCCAUUCCACAGACCCUGCUCUACAAACAGUCAUUCAUUCAAUCAGGUUUUUUACUUGUUCAUGAAUUUACCAUAGAAUAAAUACAUGUUUUCAUUCUGUGGAACAAAUGUCCCUGAAUAUUUUUACCUAUAUUUUCUCACAAUAAAUGACUGUUAAUAUUUCCAAUGUUUUUGGACAUACCCUCAAAUUCUCCAGCAUGAUCAUCAUAGUGUUGGGCUGAAGUUCCUCACUCAUAUGUUGCAGUUUAGAUGUCGUCAUUGUCCUUGUAUACUAUAGAUAAAUACUGCAUAUUGUACAUACCAGCCUGUUGCUAGACUCUAGCAGUCUGACUGCUGGGCACCUGAUGUCACUUUUCCUAAUGUUGGAUGAAUGCAAAGAUGCUGUGCACUGCCUGUCUGUCUGUGUCUGUCUCUGUGUUUUCUUGGUCUCUCUGUCUGUCUGUCUGAUAUUGUCUGAUUCCACUCCAGUUUUGAGCCAUUGUAUAUGUAUUAUACACUUGAAUGUUUCUCCUCUCUUCCCAGAUUCCUUUCAUAGUGCCCCUUCUUUUCACUUUGAAUCUUAUUGGGGAAAUAAAGCAAUAACUGUUUUCACA